ACGACUAACCAACUUCAACUUUUCAACAAACAAGCACAAACAAACAACAUUAACAUCACCCAAAUCAAUUGAUCGUUUCUUGGCCACUGCCAAUUUCUACCCAUUCCUAUCGAAACAGGCCAUUAUUAUCCAUCAUGCCCGACAAAGACACUCUCAACUCCAGCAAGACCGACGUGCCUCCAGACCCUCCUACAUAUGAAGCAGCCACAGCAGCAGCAUCACGCCCGCGCCCACCCUUCCCUCUCUCUCUCCCCGUCCUGCAGGGUCUCCGAUCUAAGCGGGUCAUCCUCGCCUCCCAAUCCCCCCGCCGCAAACAGAUAAUGUCGUACCUCGGCCUUCCCAACAUCGAAAUCAUCCCUAGCACCGAACCCGAAGACUACCCCAAGACCAUGGCGCCAAUCGACUAUGUCCUCGCGACAGCCACAAAAAAGGCGCAAACAGUCUACGCGCAAGAGACACAGAAUGAGGAAAAGGGCGAACCAGCACUGAUUCUCGCUGCCGAUACCAUCGUGGUUGAUACGGUGCGCGGCUCGAUUUUGGAAAAGCCGAGGUCGGAGGCACACCACAUUACCAUGUUGAAGGAUCUACGGGCGGCGCGUGACCAUAAGGUUUACACUGCGGUUGUGGUUAUGGUGCCGUUGGCGAGCGCGAGACAGCCGGGGUAUGCGAUGGAAACGCAUAUUGAAGAGACAGAUGUACGGUUUGAUAGUGAGAUUACGGAUGAUCUGAUACUGGCGUAUGUGAAGACGAGGGAAGGGGCGGAUAAGGCUGGGGGUUAUGGGUUGCAAGGGCUAGGAUCGAUUUUGGUGGAAAAGGUCGAUGGGAGUUAUGAUAAUGUCAUUGGAUUGCCGCUAUUAGCGACCUUGAAAUUGAUUGAGAAGGUCGUGGCAAAAGCAGACGAUGACGAUAGGUUGCCCGAUGAUGGGUCAGUGGGCUCAGAUGAGGGAUUUGAUGAGUGAGCGUAUUUCUGUUAUUAUCAACUUCGACGACUGUAACGAAUUAGAACAUCGGCCCCGUUGUAAGCGAGGUUCAUCGCGCUGGCUCGCAAUUUACCACUAUCUACUCGGGGAGGAAUUUUAGGGGUUGAGUCACUGGAAGACAUAUAUAU